AUGUCGAACGUUCCUCCACCCAGCGGCCUCAGCUAUCAAGUUCGAAAGAAGCUCGAUGGGAAACGGGACAAACAACAGGAGGAGGAUGUAAUGACCUGGAUCGAGCAGCUAUUGGAAAUCAAAUUAGAUCGUUCCAAAAUUUACGAAGAAAUCCUCAAGGAUGGCGUCCUCUUAUGCAAAUUGAUUAACAAGAUCAAGCCGGGUAGCGUGAAGAAAAUAAACGAGAACGCGACCAUGCCUUUUAAGAUUAUGGAAAAUAUCAACGCUUUCUUGGACGCCAUCAAGGCCUACGGUGUCCCUACAGCUGAUCUCUUCCAGACUGUGGAUCUCUUUGAAAAGAAAGACAUUGGUCAGGUUACACAAACUAUUUUCGCUCUUGGCAGGACGUGCCAAACGCAUUCGGAAUACACGGGACCCACUCUAGGACCGAAACUUGCCCAGGAAAACAAACGUGAAUUCACCGAGGAACAGCUG